UGUUGAUCCACAGACUAAAGGGUACUGAGUUUGAUUCAAAUCCGGUCAAGGGCACAUACCUCGGUUGCAGGCUCCAUCCCAGGCCCUGGUCAGGGUGCAAAUGGGAGGCCACUUGAUCAUUCUGGCAUUUUAUGGUAGAGAAUACAUUGAGUUUGGCUCAUGGAAAGAAUAUGAGAAGCUCACCUUAUUCUACCACCACUACAUGGGUUUGGCUGAUACUUGGGUGAAUCUGAGUCCCAGGACAGUUGAAGAAUAAAGCAUAGUUGCAUCAGUAAUGAUGACUCACUCAACUGGGAGCAUCUCUCUGGAGACCAUCAUGCAGACAUCAGAGACUGGGUCGGACACAGGUUCGACAGUGACUUUACAGACAUCUGUGGCUAGUCAAGCAGCAGUGCCUACACAGGUGGUACAGCAAGUACCAGUACAGCAACAGGUACAGCAGGUACAGACUGUGCAACAGGUACAGCAUGUCUACCCAGCUCAGGUGCAGUAUGUGGAAGGAAGCGAUACUGUCUAUACCAAUGGAGCAAUCCGAACAACAACUUAUCCUUACACAGAAACGCAAAUGUACAGCCAAAACACUGGAGGGAAUUACUUUGAUACUCAAGGGAGUUCUGCACAGGUGACUACCGUGGUCUCAUCCCACAGUAUGGUGGGCACUGGUGGGAUUCAGAUGGGCGUCACGGGAGGACAGCUCAUCAGCAGCUCCGGGGGAACCUAUCUGAUCGGCAAUUCAAUGGAGAAUUCUGGUCACUCCGUGACGCAUACCACUCGGGCCUCCCCAGCGACAAUUGAAAUGGCGAUUGAGACGCUGCAAAAGUCUGACGGUCUGUCCACUCACAGAAGCUCUCUUCUCAACAGCCAUCUCCAGUGGCUGUUGGACAAUUACGAGACAGCAGAAGGAGUGAGCCUUCCCAGAAGCACUCUAUACAACCACUACCUGCGACACUGUCAGGAACACAAACUGGACCCAGUCAAUGCUGCUUCUUUUGGAAAAUUAAUAAGGUCCAUUUUUAUGGGACUACGAACCAGGAGAUUGGGAACUAGAGGAAACUCCAAGUACCAUUACUAUGGGAUUCGUGUCAAGCCAGAUUCCCCUCUCAAUCGUCUGCAAGAAGAUAUGCAGUAUAUGGCUAUGAGGCAACAACCCAUGCAACAGAAACAAAGGUACAAGCCUAUGCAGAAAGUGGAUGGGGUUGCAGAUGGUUUCACAGGAAGUGGUCAACAGACAGGCACAUCUGUUGAGCAAACUGUAAUUGCCCAAAGUCAACAUCAUCAACAGUUUUUAGAUGCAUCUCGAGCACUCCCAGAGUUUGGAGAAGUUGAAAUCUCUUCUCUGCCAGAUGGUACUACCUUUGAGGAUAUCAAGUCACUGCAGAGUCUUUAUCGAGAGCACUGUGAGGCAAUAUUGGACGUUGUUGUGAAUCUUCAGUUUAGCCUGAUAGAAAAAUUGUGGCAAACAUUCUGGCGCUAUUCUCCCUCUACUCCAACUGACGGCACUACCAUUACUGAAUCAAGCAAUCUGAGUGAAAUAGAAAGUCGACUUCCGAAAGCAAAGCUGAUAACUCUGUGCAAACAUGAGUCUAUCCUGAAAUGGAUGUGUAACUGUGACCAUGGGAUGUACCAGGCUUUGGUGGAGAUUCUCAUCCCCGACGUCCUUAGACCUAUUCCUAGUGCCUUGACCCAAGCCAUUCGAAAUUUUGCAAAAAGCCUUGAAGGUUGGCUUUCCAAUGCCAUGAACAAUAUUCCACAGAGAAUGAUACAAACCAAGGUUGCCGCUGUAAGUGCCUUUGCCCAGACUCUGCGAAGAUACACGUCGCUCAAUCACCUGGCCCAGGCAGCUCGUGCAGUGCUUCAGAACACGUCUCAGAUUAACCAGAUGCUCAAUGACCUCAACCGUGUCGACUUUGCCAAUGUCCAGGAGCAGGCUUCCUGGGUGUGCCAGUGUGAUGACAACAUGGUUCAGAGACUAGAAACAGACUUCAAGAUGACUCUCCAGCAGCAGAGCACCCUGGAGCAGUGGGCCGCAUGGCUGGACAACGUGAUGAUGCAAGCCCUGAAACCCUACGAAGGGAGGCCCAGUUUUCCAAAAGCCGCCAGGCAGUUUCUGCUAAAAUGGUCUUUCUACAGCUCAAUGGUUAUUCGAGACUUAACCUUACGCAGUGCUGCUAGCUUUGGCUCCUUCCACCUGAUCCGUCUACUCUACGACGAGUAUAUGUUCUACUUAGUAGAACAUCGUGUUGCUCAGGCAACAGGAGAAACACCCAUAGCAGUCAUGGGCGAGUUUGGCGAUUUAAAUGCUGUGUCUCCUGGAAAUCUGGAUAAAGAUGACGGCAGUGAAGUGGAAAGUGAAAUGGAUGAAGAACUAGAUGACUCUUCAGAACCUCAAGCCAAGCGAGAGAAAACGGAGCUGACCCCGGCGUUUCCAGUGGGUUGUCUGCAGCCUGUUCUCGAGAGCAGCGUGCAGCCCAGCCUCCUGAAUCCCAUCCACAGCGAGCACAUCGUCACAAGUACUCAGACUAUCAGACAGUGCAGCGCGACAGGCAACACUUACACUGCGGUCUAAAGAAUAUUAAAGCGUAUUUUUCCAGCUAACAUUAACCCUGUUGAUAUUGGGCUUAAGUUGAGAAAUUAAUAAGCCUGAAGGUCGACUGUUGUCAAAUUCUAUCUGUGCUGAACAUUACCUUUUUGGAGUUGUGAAAUGGAAUGGGUGUAUGUAUUUUGCCAGGUCUUUUUUUUUUUAAACGUAAACAAAUUAUUUGCCUCUUAAUAAUAAGAGUUUUUUCCUUAGUUUUGGGUGUCAAGAAGGAUUUUUACAACACUUAAUAUUUUUUUCUUAUAAUUAAAAGUAAUUUACAUUUUUGUAGCUGAAAAUAUUUUAUUGUUGAUUGUUAGUCUUGGUGUAUGAUUUCAUGUGUGAGUUUUUUAUUAGAUGCACUUCUGUGAAAUAUCAAAA